AGUAAUGGGACUGGUCAUUGGAAUGUAACUUCAGCAACUACAGCUCCUGUGUUUGGUUUUGCUUUUUCCAGCUUCUAGGUUUUAAGGAUGUGAACAGGAUCUGGAACAGCAAAGGGCUACCACUUGUUUAAUAGAUCUUUGCCUCUCUUGAUAAAUAGGACUGAUUCAGGGAGGUGCUCAAUGCCUCCUUGCUCGGAUAUAUUUUCCCUUCCCUAAUGUAUUCGUUAAAUAAAACCCCGCGCCUUCCACCGAAUUGUUACUGACUGACUGCAGCGUGACUCCUCGCCGCCCUCUCUAUUCGGUACAAGCUGAACACAAUCCGCCUCGCGACUCCGGAAGACUGCGCCGCGCUACGCGGUAGCUCGGACCUCCUUUCCUCUCACACGUCAAAUUCGGCUCUUGAUUGCUUUUGUCUACUUCCCGUAACCAUUAAGAGCCGGAAAGGACGAUCGGUGGAUACGGCGCUUAAUUGAUGCUGCCUGACAUCAGGAUGGUCCAGGCAGAUACGGACGCAAGCCCUUUUUCCAGUCGCUUCCUUGUGUUUCCAUGGGAACAGUAAGAGAAUGAAUGGUAGCGCCCAAAGGCUGAGCUUUUGGAACGUUUGUGGAUUAAAUGUGGAAGGGCAGUUGAGGGGUCUGUGGCAAGAGGUGAUGCAGGUAAAGGUUUAGGCGUGGAGGGGGUUGGGCAUGGAUGAAAUAAGGGACAGAAAUAGCUUAGAAUGGCAAUGUUGAAAGGGAGGGUUUAAAGGCGUUGAGCCACUGGAGGAGGCUAAAGGGUGAGGAAGGGGGCUUAGGAUUGUGAAUAACUGAACAAGGAAGAGGGGUAGUUGGUUUAUGGGGUCAAUAUGCCUCUCUCAGAACUUCAGAAGUGGCCCUAAGAAAUGCUUGAUGUGGCAAGCGAGCAUAUUGAUGCUGUGAAGCAGCAAGCUGUAUGGACCCACUACUGUUGAAAGAGAUUUCAUUAAAUGGGCCACUGAAUUGAAAAUUGUGAAUUAGUUUCCUGUGCACAAGACUCCCUUGAAGAAGGAUGCAUGAAAGAUCAUUCUGGAUUUGCUUUGAGCUUUCCCUCAAACUUGGGAACUGCAAGUCAUAGUGCAAACAUGCAAGCUUACCCUGAUUUACUUCAUUUUGUACUUUAAACUUACAUGCUCAUCUUCAAAUUGUUGAAAGAGAUAGAAUAUUAAAAAACAAGCUUGAUAACCUUCCUCAAAAAUGCAGGUCUCCUUUCCCUAGGGCAAAUGGAAUCAGUGCUCAGAACCCAUUUCCUUGUCUAUGUGGUUUUGGCAUCUUCACUGAGAGUGCUUUGAUGUGUACUUUUGCUGUUUGUUCAUUUGUGCUUGUUCUUGCCCUACAGCUAGGGACUGUCUUCCAAGUUACUAAAUUCAUGUAAUACAUUUAUCACCAUUUUAUGAUUGCCCUUCUUGGAUGCAUUUAGAAGAGUGAUGGACAUGAUAUAUUUGCUCUGUUCCCUUCUACCCUUGCUUAUCAUACAUGUGGAUUCACUAUGGCUACUACCCAUGGGAAUUAUAUCCCACUAUAUAUCAAGCCAAAUUGAAGUGGUUUGCUACCCAUUUUCUUCUCUUUACAAAGAUCACAAGAACACCUAUGUUUUUACCAUUUAAGUUAAUAUUUAUAUAUUAAAAUAUUCUAUGGCCCAUGCACAUGUUCUGUUAACGCCAGUUUCUCAGCAUCUAGGAUUAGAAGGAAAGGGUUUGUAGGUAUACUUGCAUACAGUUCAGGCUGCAAACUUUCUAAGACAAAGUGCAAUAAAUUUUACUUUUAUCUGUACCAGAAAUUCCUAUGAUUAUUCUGCAAGCUAAUCAGCCUAUUAGAGUGCCAGCAUCUCUGCAUUUUGGUGAUUACCAGCCUGAUUGGCGUAAGAUAAGAUACUGAUUUAUGAAGUCCUUUGAACACAUUUAAAUAUGACAUAAAGGCUAAUGUUAUAGAUUGUAAAACUUUCAGUGCAAAAGACCUGUCCAGUGAUGUUAUAUUAAUAAAAAUAUUAUAGCAAUAAUUUGUAAUUUAUUGUUUGACCUGGCUUUUGCUUUUGGGGGCUCCACUGGUUAAAAACUGGAUUUUAUGGCCCACACAUGCUUGGCAUUUUUCCAAAUUUCAUCUCAGUUACCCUCCACGUCCUCCUCGGCUUAAAAAAUGCUAUGAUUAUAAUUAGUCUGUUUGCAUUGGAAAGUAGGAACAAAAGGUUUUUUCCAGAAGUUAACAAAAUGUUAUCCAUAUCUUUAGCAGCUAUAUAAUCCUACCUUAAAUUGUUACCCUCCUUCCCAUCUUCUCUGCUGUGAUAUAGAGAUAACAGAGUUGUCCCACCUUCAAGUCUGUUGAAUAAUUCAGAUGUUUAAAUUAAAAUCCAGUUUUUCCACAAUACAUGUUCAAAGAUCAGUACAAUAUAAAAACUAAAAAGGACACAGCAAAAAACAUAAUUAAUGAAAGAGUAGGUAAAUCAAGACAAGUGUAUGAGGCUGGGCUGUAGAGACCUAGGUUGGUCAUAACAGAGAUUUUAUUCAUUCUCAGCCUACCUUACCUCUUAGAAUUGUUGUGAGGUUAAAAUACUCAAUUGUUGAGAGAGCCAUUAUGUUUAAAGUUCAUUGGAGGGAAGUGAGAUUAUGAAAAUAAAUUAUAGCAAAAUCAGAUAUCACACAAACAAACCAUCAAAUGAAUGCUUUUCUUAACAAUAACAUGAGGUUGGUAAAGAGUUUUAAUGUAUUAGGAAUACCAGUGACAAAAGUACAUUCAUAAAAAUUAAUAAAUGGCCACAGUGUAAACAGUGUUCCUUCUAAUUUCCAUUUUCCACAUAGUGGGGAAGGAUUUUUGGUUCAUUUUUUUCAAAGAAAAUUUUUGCAAAGACCAACAUCAUGGGCAAGUCAAAUCUUCUGAGUAGAUAUAAUCAUCAGCUUCCUCGUCUAAUAUAAUAAUUCAAGAAUCCCAUAUAUUGGACUGUUAUCUACUCAUAAGGGCAAUAUAUAUCCAGCUUCAAAACAGGUAGGGUUAAAGUCCAGAACGGUGGGAUACUUUGGCUCCACUUUAAGUACUUCAAAAGAAAAAAAAGAAGCAAACUUGAGGCUAUAAAACAAAGCCAGAUCUUAGAUAAAAAUUAUGUUUCACAAGUUGAUUGCUUGGUGGAAGGGAGUGUUUGCUUUUUUUUUUUUUGUCCAAGUUUACUUAGCUGUGUUUACUUUUCCUUUUUUUUUGGCAGCAUUCACAGCAAGGAAACAACACAGUUCAGCUGGUAAGGGACUUGAAAUAAACACAAAUAAUUGAGUAAUUGAACCCCACAAGCUUUUGGGGCUUUUUGUAUCCUUUUAAUUGCUAGGUUGUUGGCCAAGAUUUAUAUUUAAAAAAUAGUCUGAUUGCUUUAAAACACUGUCCUGGCCCCUGCAUUGCUGCUUUCUUCAAAGUUCAAGCAACUUUGAUUUCAGAUUCAUAGUUCUCUACUCUGAGAGAGGGACCAAAUAAAUAAAUAAAAUGACUCAAGCAAUUAGAUGCAUGGAUUUUAAAAAAAGAAAACAGCAGAAUUAGAGCAGGAAUGAGGACUCUGGAUUUGAAGAAGUUAAAGUACUGCUCACAGUAUCCCUAAUCAUGGUUAUUUUCGCUGGGAAUGGAGUUCAACAAUACUGGAGGAACUGAAGGUUCCCCCAUCCCUAUAAUAGAGGCAAAAGGCAAGGCUUCUUUUUCUGAACUCUGCAUUAUGCUCUUGUACUUAAGUUCUGCAUGGAACAAAGAAACUGAUAUGAUGUAGUAGCCAGGUCUGACAGUAGAGGGACUACCCAUGGUUUUUUUUUUUGUUUUUUUUUUUAAGGAGAACAAUUAAUAGUUCCUGGAUGCCUUUAAUCAUUACUUGAUUCCAAACUUUAUAGUUGUGUCAUGGUUGGUCCAAGGAAGCCUCUCAUCAACAGAUAACGGUCUUGGGUAUAGAUACUGCAGUAGUUAAUUUUUUGGAGUCAGCGGGAUCUGUUUCCCAGCCUGAUUCAGAAAAACCUGUAACAUAAAUACCGUUCUAUGUAGACAAACAUGCUUGACCUACUUUUUUGACACAGUUUGCAAAUGUGUGUGUGUGUGUUUUUUACUUUCUUGAUCUUUCAGUAACAUGCACUUGAUUUGGGGCUAAAUGCAUGUUGCAUUAGAAAAGUGUCUCAUUUAAGCUUUUUUUUUUUAAACUUUCUUAGGUUUGGUGCUCAGACAACGCUGGACUCUCAGGCUAACUUUAAUUUUCCGUUCUCUUUGUCAAUUGCCACUUGCUACUGAUGCUGUGUCCCUCUGUUCCAAUGUUAUGAAUUACUGCUGCCCUUUAAAUUCAUAAUACUGACACUCAACAACCCGUUAAUUCCCAAGGCAUGCAUCACUGCAGCCUACAGCUUGGGCCUCCUUUUUACAGCUGCCUAUAUCUUAGUUUGCUGCUCAGCUGCUGGAUUUGCCACAUCCCUUCAGAACGGCAGUAAAGGAUCAGUGGAUGCAGCACUUGGCUAAUGCUGUCUGCCACAACAUGAUGAUCCAGGCAAAAGCAGUUGAGAGCCUUCUCUUCUGCUGCUUCCUUCUGUUUCCAUGGUAACAGGAAGAGGCUCUGAAAGGUAGUGUCCUGGGGUUGCUCUUUUGGGGUGUUUGUUGGGGGAGUGAAGAGGGAUCACUUAAGAGUCUGCGGCUGAGGCUAGGACCAGGAGGGAACUGGUGUAGAUAAAGGUUGAGGCUUGGAGGGAAUUGGACCCAGAUGAAAUGAGUGACCGAAAGGAUGAAGCCGAGAAGGCCCUGGGUUCAGAAUGGCAAUGUUUGAAAGGGCUUGAGUCAUUGGGCAAGGCUAGUGGGUAAGGAAGAGUGGUAGGGAUUGAGGAUAACUGAAGGAGGAAGUGGGGGGGGGGUUGCACUGACUUACCAGGUAACUGGGCUCUCCUCCCCAGCCAGUGAGGGAAGUCUAAAGUCUGCUAUGGAAGCAGCCAUGUACUACUAUUGGGGGGAAGGGGGCUGAUUACUUCAUGAAGCAUGUCUGUUUCAAUUGGGAAAAGUAAUGUGUGGGCCAUGGGCCACAUGGAAACAUCCAGACCUAUUUUUACAGCCCUCAGAGCAUUUUUCUCAUUUGGGAUUAAAUAGAGGAUCAAAUGAUUGUGUUAAGCCUUUGUGAGACUAAGGCACUCAUUUUGCUCUUUAAUCUCUCCAAAUCCACAAUAAAAAGGCUGAAAAGUUAGUUCUGUCCACUCUUGUGAUGACAUUAUGGUACCAGCUACAUAUACUCCGCAGGGAUUCCUAAACUUUUUGCCAUCAUGCCCCCCUUUAGUGUAAUCUUAAUGUACACACCUCCCAUAAAAAUCCAUACACCGAAAUGAACACAAACAAUGAAAACAGUACAUGAAACUUUGGGAAAGGUGGAUUUAUUGUAACAAUGUAACUACUGUAAAGGUUCUUCAAACCUCCCCUGUACUCACUCUGCACCUCUCCAAGGGAGGUGCACCUCACAAUUUGGGAAACCCUGCUCUUCAGGCUUUGGAGGCAAGAAAGAAAGAAAUGAAAGGGUAGGUCUUGCUUGUAAAAACGUUUCCUACUUCUUUUCAUUUUUCUAUUAAAAAUACCCAGAAUGACUAAUUUUGAUACGAUAUAUUUAAAAAAGAUAUGCAUCUCUUACCGAAUAGAAGAGGUAAUAAAUGAAUUUGGGAAUGUUGUCAGCUGACUAUGGGUACAUUUUUUGAUAUCUCUGUUUGAUGUCUCUGUAAUAAGUUCUCUUUACAUUCGUACAGUUGAUUUGGCAGUUGAAGUCUGAGAUACCAGAUGGCUUCGAAUGAUGAAGACGCCAUUGCUUGGUACCAAAAGAAGAUUGGAGCUUAUGAUCAACAGAUAUGGGAAAAAUCCAUAGAACAGACUGAGAUGAAGGGCUUCAAAAGCAAACCCAGAAAGAAAGGCCACAUACAGCCUGACUUGAUAGAUGUUGAUUUAAUAAGAGGUUCCACAUUUGCCAAAGCUAAACCUGAAAUUCCUUGGACAUCACUUACAAGGAAGGGAAUUGUGCGAGUAGUGUUGUUUCCAUUUUUUAGUCAUUGGUGGAUACAAGUGACCUCUUGGCGUAUAUUUAUAUGGCUGUUAGUACUCUACCUCCUACAAGUUGUAGCAAUUGCAUUAUACUCCAUAAUGCCAAUAGUGAGUGCAAGUGAAAUCAUCGGACCAUUGUGCCUUAUGCUUCUAAUGGGAACUGUACACUGUCAGAUAGUAUCUACUCAGUUAACUAAAUCCUCAGGAAGUGAUGGGAGCAGUAUUGGCCGAAGAAGGAGAAAAACACGCAAAUUUGCAGGAGGUGAUGGAACUAUCUACACUUCCACUGACAAAAUCAGCAGAACAGAGGAGCCAUUGGAGUCCUCAUCCAGGAUCAGCAGCUUUUUUGAUUCAGUAUUGCGCCGAAGGAGCAGGGAGGGGGUGAAAAGGGGAAAACGGGUAGCUGAUAAAGGGACUGAAACAGAGCAUAGCAGUGGUAUGAAACGCAGGAUUUCCAGAUCUGAGCAUAGUUUUCAGCGGUCCAAGGAUCCUGAAAUGCAGUUAAAUAUAGAUAGAAAACAGACUAUUUCUAGACAUUCUGGAAUUUCUGAUGAGUUGUCAAGUGAGGAGGAAGCAGAUACUGUGGGUCAGAUAGUUUUGUUGCGUAGAAGUGUAGAAGGUGGCCCUACUAUAAUUGUUACUGAAGAUCAGAGCAAAAAGUCUUCUCUUGCUUCUGCAUCUCCUUCAACAAAUCAGUCAGUGUCACAGGUCAAGGAGGUGGUGAAAUCAAUGCAAGAUUCUGACAGCAUAGUGGAAUCAGAACUUGAAGUAACAGUUCCUCAUGAGGAGUCCAAAGCCCAAUAUAGUAGUGAAUCUCAAAGUGGUAGUGUUUCUCAUAGAGAUUCAGAGAGUACUCGCCAUGACUCUGAGACAGAAGAUAUGUUGUGGGAUGAUUUGCUUCAUGGACCUGAAUGCCGGUCCUCUUUCACCAGUGACAGUGAGGAAGCAAAAGGAAAAGACAAGAAGGCAAGCAAACGAGAUCUGAAGGACGAUGUUUUCCAGCAGAACCACUUGUUCUGGCUGCAGAACACAAGUCCUGCCUCUACCAAAGUGAGUGCGCUUAUCUGGGAGGGGAAUGAGUGCAAGAAAGUAGACAUGUCUGUUCUGGAGAUCAGUGGAAUCAUCAUGAGCAGGGUCAAUGCCUGUCAGCAAGGAUCUGGUUAUCAGUGGCUGGGCAAUGUGGUUACCAUUGGUUUAGCUUUCCUUCCCUUCCUCUAUCGACUCUUCCAUUCAAAGACCUUUGAGCAGUUGUGGUCCUUGACUACAAAAGAAGCUUUGCAUAUCUUUUGUGGGGGUCCUACUUUCCCCCCUAUAAUCAUCCUUGCAAUUAUCAUCUUCCUGGAGCGCCUGUGCCUCACUUGGAUGUUUUUCUUCAUGAUGUGUGUUGCUGAGAGGACUUACAAGCAGCGGUUUUUGGUGGCUAAACUUUUUAGUCACAUUACCUCUGCUCGGAAAGCAAGAAAAUAUGAAAUCCCACAUUUCAGACUCAAGAAAGUAGAAAACAUUAAGAUCUGGUUAUCACUUCGCUCCUACUUAAAGAGGCGAGGCCCUCAGCGAUCUGUUGAUGUAGUUGUAUCCUCCAUAUUCUUACUGGCUCUUUCCAUUGCUUUCAUAUGCUGUGCACAGGUUUUAAAAGGUCACAAGACAUUUUUGAAUGCUGCUUACAAUUGGGAAUUCCUGAUCUGGGAAACUGCCCUGCUCCUAUUCUUGUUGCGUUUGGCAUCGCUAGGCUCUGAAACAAACAAGAAAUAUAGUAAUAUUUCAAUUCUGCUUACUGAGCAGAUAAACUUGUAUUUAAAGAUGGAAAAGAAACCAAACAAGAAAGAGCAGCUUACACUAGUAAAUAACGUCCUUAAACUCUCCACCAAACUCUUGAAGGAGUUAGAUACACCAUUCAGACUAUAUGGAUUGACAAUGAAUCCCUUGAUCUAUAAUAUUACACGGGUAGUGAUCCUAUCUGCAGUCUCUGGAGUUAUAAGUGAUUUGCUGGGCUUCAAUAUCAGAUUGUGGAAAAUCAAACCUUGAGAAAGAAGAUGCUGCAGCCCAUGAAUGUUUGGGCAGAAACAUUCUCUGCAGUACUACAUAGGCUUGGCAUGGUCAUUGAAGGUGCUUUUCUAAUUAUGCCAGUCCUCGCAUCAAUACAAAUGCUGUAUUUUUCAUACAUUUUCUUAAGAAUUUAUAAUUUUCAAUGAGCCCAUGGCUUGAAGAAAUGGUUAAAUAAAUCUGAAUAACUUAAUUCCAAUGUGCUCAUCUUAGUUGGCUAAACCAGCUGCUCCUAUGGAGCGAAGCAGUAUGAAAUUAGAUGUCUUGCAACAAGGUUUCUUGAAUGAAUAAAAAGAUAAAAAGCCAGUGUUAUUCUGGUCUGAAACUGCCUGCUGUUAAACUCAUGUGUGGCUGUAAGAUUAAUACAGCAUCAUAGCUAUUUGGUACUUAAUAGCGUAAUAUGGUGUAUGUUUCUGGCAAGCUCACCUACUUUCUGUAGGUUGUAGUUGACCUAUUUUUUACAUUUCUAAGUGCCUCUGACAAAAAGCCUGUUCUUGAAUGGUACUUGGUCUUACUUAUUUUGCUGUACUGAGAGGUGAGAAUGAAAUUUUCUCCCAUAAACUGAGUAUAUCCUCUUUAGGCAUUUUACAGUUCAGCCUUCCGUUGCUUAGUAACACGUACAGCAGCAACAGAAGGUGGCUAACAGUAGACCUGUCACACAUCAGGGGGGUUUAUUUUGAAAGUACUAUGAGAAUUCUCCAAAUAAUGAUCUGAAUUAGCAAAGCAGUAAUGAAAGAAUAAAAAUGUUUAUAUGCCACAGAAGUUUUACACAAGCAAUUGGAAACUCAGAUUUUUGCUGGGAUAGAUGUUAUUGCUCAUUGCUAGCAGUUAGCACCAUGAAAACUGGGUUGGUUCUGAAGAAAUUUUCAGGUCUAUUAAAAGUUUUACAUACCUUCCCCAAUAUUGGUAAAUGUUAGAACUGUGGACAUAUAACAUUUUCUGAUAUACAUAUUCAAUCUUCCAUCUGUGCAAAUCAGUUUAUACAUAUAUGGUUUUCUAUCUGUGAUGUAAUUGUGUUUCUAGGUCCACAGGAAAAAAAAAAGAAAAGGUAAUGGACCCAUAAAAGGAAUUACCAAAGUUUGGCUACUAUCACUACCAUUUAUGCAAUAGGUUUUCUCUUUCAAACAAUUCACUUCUUUUUAAUCUCUGGAGGCAAUACCUUUAGAAAAUUCUAUGUUAUAUAUAAAGUUAUUAUUGGCACUCUUGUAAGCUGCUGAAGGAACUUGUAUGACAGUAUUUGAAAUUAAAUGUAACAAAGACAAAUAAAACAGAAGUCAAGA